UCAUGAACAUACCUGCUGUGCCCACCGCUAGCGUACUGCGCAUCGAUGAGCUGCCCGUUAUGCCCCUAAUUCCCCUUAUUCUUCUCAAACUGCAAGCAUGGGAGGAUCACCUCCUUGCUUCGAAGUUCUACCUCCGGGUGAAACACUAUACUGAUGCAGCAGACUUGGCACAGCUGCUUCCGAUAGCUAUCCGCCGCGGCAACAGCAUUCGUCAGGAGAGUUGGAUACCGGAGACGUUUGUUGCUGCAGCAAGGAAGAGAUUAGAGGUGUAUCUAGUCUGGUAUCCCACCCAGGCUCGUCAGUGGGAACAGAUCGGACUGAAGAAAGCAUCGAAGCAUCCCCCGCUGAGACAAAGUAAAAAACGGAACCACCACGUUCGUACUCUAGCUUAGAUUUGUAAACGCAGAGAGAAACUAUGAUUGUGAUGCCAGUCAAACUUCGCGGGGAAGAGCACGGAAAAAUGUGGAGGGUUGUUCUCGGUCGUGUACAGAUCGAGAGAGCGUAGGAUGCGUAU